AGUCGAUACGCAGCCAGCCGACGAUAAGGGCUGCACCUGCCGCUCUCAACAGACGAGCUGCACUAUUCGACAGCGACGCACUGCACUGCAGCUGUCAUGGGCUGUUGGCCUUAGCCAGCCACCCUAUCAGCCCAACAGCACACGGUUCUCGACAUAAAGAGACGACUGGUUUGACCAGUGAAGAUGGCGCAUUUCAUAAUACAGCCAUCUUUGAAUGAGAUGCAGCAUCAUCCACAUCACCAUCCGAUGCAACAGCCGCAUGCUCCACCGAUACCUUCACCAACCCCCCGGGCGCGACCACCCCUGCACAUUGAGCUCAAAUCCAACCACCAUCAGGUAAUCAUGGAGCUAAGUUAGAAAUGGGAGUAGAGUUCUAAGGUAAGCAUAAUUGAUAAACAAUAAAACGACGCGCAUCAUUGAAAGCUCAAUGUCUAAGAUGACAAUUUCAAUAAAUCAUUGUACGAAAAUGAUAUACUUUUAUAAUUUUCGAUUCAUUAUGUUGCAGUAGCGUAUAUGUCAUUCUGGAAAUGAAA